AUGGAUUUGUUGACAUUCAAUCAAUUUGCAGUGCUCCUCUGGAAAAAUUUUACCUUAAAGAGGAGGCAGUUCUUUACUUUAACAUUGGAAGUCUUAACAGCACUGGUGUUUCCGGUGAUGAUUUUGCUAUUCCGUACACAUAUUGCUAUAAAGGUUGUUGGACCUUACAAUUAUACUUCUCAGCCCAUCAAUACUUUGCCUUCUUUCAUCAAAAAUCCUGAGGAGUGGGAAUUGAUUUAUGUGCCUUCUGACAUUGAUGUGGUACAGGAGAUCACUGAGAAUGUGAAGAGGUAUCUGAACAUCAAUGUAAAAGUUCGAGGGUUUGCUUCAGAAAUGGAGCUUGAGACGUACAUUAAGUAUGACUAUGGAUCGAGUAAAGUACUGGCUGCCAUCAUUUUUGACUGUAACUUCAAAAGCAGCAGUGACCCUCUGCCACUUCAGGUAAAAUAUCAUCUGCGUUUUGUUAAGAUACAGAGAUCUUUGAUGUGGCCAGACAGGCUGGGCUGGAAGACAUCCUUACUCUUUCCUAUUUAUCCCUCUGUAGGACCCAGGAACGCAGAUUUUAAUGAUGGAGGAAGUCCUGGGUACAUCAGAGAAGGGUUCCUGGCUGUACAGCAUGCCUUAGAUAAGGCCAUCAUGCUGUAUCAUGAGAGCAGUGCUAGCCAGAAACUGUUCGAUAGUAUCAGUAUCUUUACACAGAGAUUUCCAUACCCAGCUUAUUCUCAUGAUGGAUUAAUUUGGAUCACUAGUUCCUUCCUCCCUUUGACGUUCAUACUCAUGUUCUCUCCAACUGUACUAUCCAUCAUGCGAUCCAUUGUCUGGGAAAGGGAAAAAAGAUUGAAGGAGUACCAGCUUAUAAUUGGACUUAAAAACUGGAUCAUCUGGGCUGCAUAUUUCUUCACAUUCUUCUUUUUUUAUAUGAUUAUUAUCUCUAUGAUAUGUGUUUUAUUCUCUAUUUUUAGUGAGCCAAUCUUUCGCUUCAGUGACGGUAGUUUCAUCUUCGUCUUUCUUAUGUGUUAUGCCAUUGCUUCAAUAUUCUUUGCCUUUAUGGUUAGCACAUUCUUCAAUAAAGUCCGUUUAGCUGCUUCUGCUGGAAGUCUCCUAUAUUUUGCCAGUUUCUUUCCAUUUAAUACCAUUACUCAAUUCUACGGGCAGAUGACCCUCACCAAGAAGGUGGCUGCCUGUCUCAGCUCAAAUGUUGCAUUGGCACUGGGGAUUAGAUGUCUGCUCAAGUUGGAAUUAAGACAAAUUGGUAUUAGAUGGGAUAACAUUUGGACACCAGUCAACCUUGAGGAUAAUCUCAUGUUUGGCUAUAUUUUGUUAAUGCUUUUACUUGAUGCUUUCUUAUAUGGCCUUGUGACCUGGUAUACAGAAACUGUCUUUCCAGGGUGGUAUGGCGUGCCCCAACCAUGGUACUUUUUUCUUAUGCGCUCAUACUGGUUUGGUGAACCAAAAGUUAGGAAAAAAGAAGAAAUGAAAAGCUGUGGGGAAACUCUAAACAAGUAUUUUGAGGCUGAACCUACUAGUUUGGUGGCAGAUAUCCAGAUCAAACAUUUGCACAAGGAAUUUGGUGACAAAGUAGUAGUAAACAACAUGUCUUUGAAUUUAUAUAAGGGGCAAAUCACUAUUCUUCUAGGACAAAAUGGGGCAGGAAAAACUACAGCCUUGUCUCUUCUCAUAGGUAUGUAUUCGGCUCUGUUUAGAGCAGAAGUUUAUAUUCAUGGAUUUGACAUCUCAAAGAACAUAAUUGAGAUUCGAAAAAACUUGGGCUUCUGCCCACAACAUGACAUGUUGUUUAAUGACUUGACACUUUCAGAACACCUUUUUUUCUACUCUGUGGUAAAAAGAAUAUAUCAAAACAUGUAUUCUACAGAAAUUGACCAUAUGCUGUCUACUUUUAACCUGCUAGAAAAGCGUGAUACAUUUUCAAAGUCACUGAGUGGAGGAAUGAAGCGCAAACUCGCCAUCAUUAUAGCACUCAUAGGGGACUCCCAGGUAGUGAUACUUGAUGAACCAUCAUCUGGCAUGGACCCAGUCUCAAGGAGAGCCACCUGGGAUCUCCUUCAACAGUAUAAACAGGAUCGUACCAUCUUACUGACCACCCACUACAUGGAUGAAGCUGAUUUCCUGGGUGACCGCAUUGCCAUCAUGGUCAAGGGGACACUGCAAUGCUGUGGCUCUUCUGUCUUCCUGAAACAAAUAUAUGGUGCUGGAUAUCACAUAGUCAUGGAGAAAGAAUCACAUUGUGAUGUUGAAAAGAUCUCAGCAAUAAUUCACUCUCAUAUUCCAGAUGCCACUGUGGAAAACUUUACUGGAGCUGAAUUAUUGUUUAUCCUACCCAAAGAAUAUACACAGAGGUUUGAAGCUCUGAUUAAUGACCUGGAAAAUAAACAAAAAGAGCUGGGCAUUGCCAGCUUUGGUGUUUCAAUCACCACCAUGGAAGAAGUCUUCAUUAAGGUCAAUAACCUGGCAGAUUCCCAAAUGGAUAUUCAGGAUACCCACUCUCCUUCCUUGAAGGGCCAAAAAAUGAGACAAGACAUGAAGUGGAAUAUGAAUAUGCCCAGAUAUCAUGAGAGAGCUGUUUUUUCUAGAUUGAAUGAAAUUGCUACUAUUAAAUUUAAUACUGGGUUUUCACUUUACUGCCAGCAAUUUCAUUCCAUGUUUAUAAAGAGAGCACUAUUCACUUGGCGCAAUUGGAAGUUGAUGUUGCUACAGAUAUCAGUAAUUUUGGUUUUCACUUCGUAUCUUUUAAGAACUGCACACUCACAUCUUGACCUACCCAUGAGAGAAUUGGACUUGAGUCAAUAUGGUCAAACAAUUGUACCUUACUCAAUUUCAGGGAAUUCUGAUUUGGCUCUGAAUUUCAUAAAUAAUCUUAAGAUUUUUCUAAAACGUAAGAAUCAAGAACUUUGGGAAGUGCAAGGUAAGGUAACAAAACAUAUAAUGGAAAACAAAGAGUUUCAUGACUUCUCCAUUACUGCACUUUCCAUUGAGGUUGAAAAUAACAAAACAGUAUUUACUGUUUUGUUCAAUAAUGAGGCAUACCAUUCAGCGGCAACAUCACUGGCAAUGUUAGACAACGUUCUUUUUAUGUCACUUUCUGGCCCCAAUGCUUCCAUCAAAGUCUCCAACAAGCCUCAACCUCUCCCUCUUUAUGAUCAUAACGUAAUGCCUACAAAUGGAUUACAAAUAGUAAUAAGUUUGGCUUUUGGCAUGGCUGUUGUGGUCAGUAGCUUUUGCCUUCAGACAGUGACUAAGAGAACCACUAGGGCAAAGCACAUCCAGUUUGUGAGUGGGGUCUCUGUACUUACUUACUGGCUCUCUGCUUUUCUGUGGGAUCUCAUCUACUUCUCCAUUCUCUGCUGCUUACUACUGGGAGUGUUCCAAUACUGCAGAUUGGAUGCAUUUGUUGCAGAUUACAACUUUCUGGACACAAUGAUGAUCUUUAUGCUGUAUGGUUGGUCUGCUGUACCUCUCAUGUAUCUUGGAAGCUUCCUGUUUUCUAGUAGUACUGCUGCCUACAUCAAGCUCACCCUCUUUAACUACUUUUCAACUAUUUUCAGUAUCAGCAUUUACAUCAUAAGACAACACUAUGGCCUUGAUUUUCCUCACUACACCAGAACCUUCAUAGAUAGUAUCUUAGUGAUGCUUCCUAGUUACAACUUUGCAAUGUGUAUCAGCAAAUUCUCUGAUAACUAUGAGGUGAAAAAGCUGUGUGCCAGACAACUUCCAAGUAUAUCUGUGAACUGCAGUAAAACAUCUGUUGAGAACAGUGUCUAUAAUUUUGGAACACAUGGGAUUGCAAAAUUUUUGAUUGCAUUGGCUGUCUUGGGCUUAUUUUAUCUCCUUUUGCUUUUGUGUCUGGAGACUACAUCCUGGAGCCUGCAAAACUUUCUGUCUCAUAAAAUUUUAUCUAAUGUCCACAACCUACUCAUAAAAGGCAGGAAGAUUAGGUCAAGAAUUGGCUACUGUCCUCAAGAUGACCCCAUGCUCAACCACAUGACAGGUCAGGAAAUGCUGAUGAUGUAUGCCAGGCUUCAAGGGGUCCCUGAGCCAGACAUUUACAAGUAUGUGGAAACAUUUUUGUAUGCAAUGCACCUGGAAACAAAUGCUGAUGAGUUUGUCCACAUAUACAGUAAAGGAAACAGACGUAGACUGAAUACUGCUAUUGCCCUAAUGGGAAAGUCCUCAGUUGUGUUCCUAGAUGAGCCAUCUACUGGCUUAGACCCAGUAGCCAGGCGUCUGCUGUGGGACACAAUUACAUGGAUGUGUAGAAGAGGCAAAGCUAUCGUUAUAACUUCCCACAGCAUGGAAGAAUGUGAGGCCCUCUGUACCAGACUGGCCAUUAUGGUAAAGGGGAGGUUCAAGUGCCUGGGCAGUCCUCAGCACCUCAAGAACAAGUUUGGUAAUGCAUACACUCUGACAGCAAAGAUUAAGUUUGGAAACAAUGAAGAUAAACUAGAAGAGUUCAAAGAAUUCAUGGCAGCAACUUUCCCAGGUAACAUCAUACACCAGGAGCAUCGAGGGAUUAUUAGCUACUACAUUCCCAAAAAGGAAAUCUGCUGGGGAAAGGUGUUUAGUAUUUUGGAGGAAGCUAAAGUGCUAUUCAAUCUAGAAGACUAUUCUGUCAGUCAGAUAACACUGGAGCAAGUCUUCCUGACCAUUGCUAAUAUUGAUAAAACAGAAAGUAUUCAAGAAAUAAAAGUGCUAUGA